AUCGACUUCCAGUGAUCCUAUACUGUUUAAAUAAGAGAAUAAAAUCUAUUUAAAUGGAUUAAUAUAACGUUUUACCUGAAAUUUUAGCACUGAGCCCUAAGAAACUGUACGCAUGAAUACUUACUCUGGUGCGCUGUGUCUGGCGCAGUGCAGAGUGGGCACACUGACCGCUAAAGCAGCUUUAGGGACUCCAUUCUGAAUGGAGUCAUGCACCGCGUCUGCAUCCCAGUUUAGACUAAUCAUUUAAUUCCAUAAAACACCAUGAAAAUGAAUACGGAUCGAUUCAACCUCACUGUUGACGAGUAUUUAGCUGAAACGAAUGUCCUCUUCUAUCUCAACGAUGCAGUCACACAGCUACUUGAACAUAAAGAGGAAUACACUCAGUUUGGUGUGGCCCGAUAUUUUGCAGAAUAUUUUACCAGUGUGAAGAAUGGGAAUCAUGUGCUCUUCAGGGAAUUCAGUUACAUCAAGGCGACUUCUCACAACAGAGAGUCCUUCAUCCAUAUCUUCUGGAAAUGCUUCAGACAGAUUGGAAAGAAUGGGGAUCUGUUGGCAAUGGCAGAAUAUAGUUCACUUUUACAGCUGUUGUGUGCUGACUUUCCUACUGAGAUGGUACAAAAUGCAGCCAGGAUUGUCCUGAUAGAAGAUGCCACUGACUGUCUAAUGUCAUUCUCAGAUUUUAUUUAUUCAUUCCAAAUCCAGUUCUAUUUUGAAGAGUUUGUGGAGAGUGUGUCUGUGAUUUACCAAGACCUGCUGUCUGGGAAGAGCCCAAACACUGUCAUAGUCCCGACCUCCACCUCGGUGGAGCAGUUAUCCAGCGCAGCCAACGAGGAGCCGGACGCUCAAGGCGGCGUAGACUCCUCCAUCUUUUGUGAAUGUAUAGAAGGACUUUGUGAGAGGUUUAAACACAAGUUUCCUUCCACUGUUGCCAUUAAGGAGAUAUUAGAGAGCAGUCAGCGAGUGUCUUUCUAUGGCUUCCUGAUGGCCUUGGCCAAACAUGAGGGAGUAAACCAAGACAUCGGUGCUCUUCCCAAUAAACCGGACCUGCUGAUUGAUCCAGAGAUGGACCAGGAGCUGGAGAGACUCAUAGCUCAAGUCGCCAUCAGCCCGACCUCCAACAACAACAGCAGCAGCAGCGCUGCGGGACAGAAGGAAACGUCCAAGAAGGCCUCACCGCGCAAGUCCCUGCACCAACGCAAAAGGAUCGAAAUGGAGAGUGAUGGUUCCACGGAGGAGACCGACUCUUCUGAGAAUUAACAUGCACAGACCUGCUUGUGAGCAUCUUAAUGUUUUUUUUUAGACAACUGUGCCGGUUCACUAAUUUGAUUAGAAAAAUGAUCUUCCAAUAGUGCUGAUACGUGUCUGUGUUCACUACUUUCCAGUUCUAUGGGCUUCUCUGUAACCCAACUACUUCUGUUGCUGAAGCAAAAAAAUAAACAAACCAGCCUGCCAUGUUGUGCCUGAAAUGUCAAAAAUUUAUAUGAACUUGUUUGUAGAAAUGUAAAAAAAUAUAGUAGUAGAGAAAUUGAUCUGUGAUGUACAUUUAGAGGUUAAACCCAGAGAAUG